AUGGAUGAGGAUGCCUCACAUCAGGAGGGCACAGAGUUGCGGGAUGAGGAGGAAACGGACGAAACACAGACAUCAUUACCAGUUGACAUGUGUUACAGUUAUGAGGAGCUUCACUCCAAACCAUUCAUCACACCCGAGUCUGGCAUUCCAGAGAACCUCCUGGUCUUCUCUCACUCAUUUGGCUACGACUGUGGGCGCAGAGCUAACCUGCAGCUGCUGGAUGACAGAACUCUGGUCUUUAUAGCUGGCCAGCUGCUCAUCUUGCUUGAUGUUUGCACCAAGCAACAGAGAUACAUGCGCUCCUGCAGUGGUGGUGGAAUUGGCUCCAUUGGGGUAAGCAAUAGGAAAGAAUAUUUAGUCGUGGCAGAGAAGGGAAGAAAGCCCACCUUGAUAGUGUAUAAAUAUCCUUCAUUACAAGCAUACCGCAUCCUGAGAGAUGGUACACAGCGUGCAUUCAGCUCUGUGAACUUUAACAGUGAUGGGAGUCUUCUGGCCAGCCUGGGCAGUGCACCAGACUACAUGCUGACAGUGUGGAACUGGAGGCAGGAGGAAGUUAUGCUCAGGUGCAAAGCCAUUUCUCAGGAGGUGUACAAAGUGAGCUUCUCCCCAUACAACCCUGGACUACUGACAUCAUCAGGAUCUGGACACAUUAAAUUCUGGAAAAUGGCCAGCACAUUUACAGGUCUCAAAUUGGAAGGGCUUAUAGGCCAUUUUGGAAAAACUGCAGCUACAGAUAUUGAAGGCUACGUCGAACUUCCUGAUGGAAAGGUGGUGUCUGGCUCAAACUGGGGAAAUCUGCUGCUGUGGGAUGGAAAUGCCAUUAAAGUAGAGCUCUGCAGCAAGGGCGGACAGUGUUGCCAUGCAGGGGUUGUCCAGCCUUUUGCCCUGGAGGAUGGACAGCUUAUGACCUUUGGCGCUGAUGGAAUGAUACGGGGCUGGGACUUUGAGACCAUCGACGCUGCUGACAGUAGCAGUGAAAACAGCAGGUUUGAGAUGGAGCCCAUGAAUGAGAUGGUGGUUGGGCGCCAUGUCUGCCUUUUUUCAAUAGUGAAAAGCUCACAGCCUGAUUCUACAAUUUGGUUUGCUCAGGAUACCAAUGGAGCCAUUUGGAAAGUGGAUCUUUCAUUCACAUACACAACUCCUGAUCCCGAGUGCCUGUUUUCCUUCCAUGCUGGGGCAAUCAACGGCCUUGAUGUAUCAAAGAAGAGUCAUCUCAUGGCCACGACUGCUCUGGACCGUUCAGUCCGAGUCUUUGACUUUCUGGCAAAAACAGAACUGACUUGUAACCGCUUCACUCAGGGUGGAACUGCUCUCCACUGGGCCCCACCUAUGGUGAACCAGACUGGAAGUUUACUGGUGACUGGCUUUGAAGAUGGUGUGGUGCGCUUACUAGAGCUUUAUGACCCUUCAGGCCUUCAAAUAGUAACCAGGCACAUUGUUGAGGCCCAGCUGCGCCUCAAACAAGCCUUUAAACCUCAUAAUGCUCCGAUAACCACAGUUGCAUAUGAAUGCAAUGGAGCGAUCUUAGCCACCGGGAGCUCAGACUGCACUGUGUUCUUCUUCACUGUCGGAGAAAAAUAUGAGCCAAUCGGUUUUGUCUGUGUUCCUGGACCAGUACAGGUACUGGAGUGGUCACCUCAUUCCCAUCAUGAAAACAGUCUGCUAAUCCUGUGUCUAAGUGGUCAUGUUGUGGAGGUACCGUGUCCUGAUCCCAAAACCCUGCAGACAGGCAAAUCCUACCAACUACUUGAACUGCCCAGAAGAACCUUUCGCUUCAAGAGCAUCAAAUCUCGAAUCAGGAGAGAGGAGGAAAUAGCAAGACGACAAGCAUUAAAGGAAAAGCGAAAGAAGGAACGAGAGGAAAAUGAGAUCACAGAUGAAGAAGAGGAGGAGGACGAGGAAGAGGAGGCGUUGCCUUGUAUCUAUAUCCCUGACCCUCCAAGUCCUCUCUACUGGGGUUUCUACUCAAAGCCUGGCCAAUUCUGGCUCUCAAUGGGAGGAUAUGACUCUGGUUUUUUGUACCACUGUAAGUUCUCUGAGAAUCAGGAUGAAAAUUCAGAAAAAUGUCUGGUUGAGCCUUUUGACUUCUUGGCUAUCCAAAAUGCUGAUGGUGACCCUAUUCGUUCAGUCACCUUCAGCUCCAACAGACAGCUGAUGUUCUGCGGCAUGCACUCAGGCUCCAUCAGAGUUUAUCCUUUGGAUCCCGAUGAUCACGCCCUAACCUCUAUGCAGCCGUACUGGGAACUGAGCAUUCAUGACAGUAAUUAUGGAUACUUGCGGCACAUCUGUUGCAGCCAUGAUGACCAGUUUGUGCUGACAGCAGGAGAUGAUGGGAACAUCUUCUCCUUCAGCCUGCUUCCUGAUGAGGAGCUGCAGAAAGAACGGCAGAAAAAAAAGGCCAAGGUUCCUUCACCAAGGGUGGGUUUGGAGAAUGAGGUGUUAGCCAAAGACAUUGAUGACCCAGCUGCCUACAGCAUAGAGACGGCCAAACAGAAGCUAGAGAAAGACCGCAGGCGUCGGGAAGCUGACAAGAAGAUAUUCGCCAAACGAAAAAGGCUCGCUGCGUUCCAGAACAAGUUUAAAAUACUACUGAAUGAAAACCUUAACUUGCCAGGACACAUUCAGCUGACUCCUCUGGAACUGCUGUUGGACCAACGUUUCGAAGACCAAGCUGAGAGUGAGAAGAUUACGCGAUUAAAUGAAGUCCAGUACCAGAUGAGCUGGCAAGAGGAGCAUUCCCAUUUAUCACUCAAAAAGCUACAAGACUGGUUCGUUGGCUCUUCACAAUCUAAAAUUGUCACUGUGUUCGCCAUCCGCACUGACCACAGAGUCUCAACCUACCAUAUUCCAAGUCUUUCUUCAACCUGGCUCCAACAGCAGAGCAGUUCCAGCAUUUCUGGUGUUAAUGAAACCGCUCUGGCCGAAUGUCAAAAAUCCACGGACCAACCUGAAAAAGACAGUAGUGAAACAGAUGAGGAUGAUGCGCCUCCUACCCCUGUGUCUCGUGCUGGGGUACAGGUAGCAGAUCGGCAGGUUGAAAGGCUCCAAAAAGCUGCAGAGAAAGCUGAACAAGCACGAGCCAAGAUUGCGAAAAGAAAGCAGGAAUGGGACAAACUUUAUGCAGAGAAGCCACAUAAGGACUGUGAAGAUCCACGAGACGUGCAGGCCAUCUGUGAAGCCAAAGAGCGCAUUGGAGACUUGAAACUUAAAACAGACAAAAACUUCACCGUGCCAAAACACCUACGAAUGAGUGCAAACAGAAAGAAAGUUGAGAUGAUAAACCUGGAGGACAAUAUACGUGAAAAACAGACUGAGAUGAACCGAGACAUUUUGGCCUUGCGGGACUUCAAACUUCUCCUUUUGUCAAAACUGGGAGCCCAGGCUAAGCAGUUCCAGAGAAUCCAGAAUCAUUUGCCAUCACAGCUCCACUGCUGUCCACCCCCUCCACCCACCGUACGACUCGAGGAAGUCCCUGAGAAGAGCCUGCAAUGCACCCGAGCCAUCCUAGAGAGAUAUAGGGUGCUGAGGGAGCAAAGGUUAAAGGAUGCAGAGCUCGAGGAUCAGGAGUGUGGGACGAGUGUGGUGGAUGAGCUAGAAAAGGAGAUUGAACUACUGGAGGAAAUGGAAAAUGAAUCAGGUUCAUCUGCAGAGGAGACCACAGGGGAGGAAGAAGAGCUGAAUGACGAGGAGCUCCAAAAUAUGAAACAGGACGCAUUGCUAGACAUGCGGGACUUUCUGCUGGAACAGAUGAAGAUCUUGGUGGAUCAAUUUGAUAAGGAGCACCUGAUGUGUCUUGAGAAGGUACAGAUGCUGGACUGGAAGCUAAAACUUGGUAAUCUCCGUCAGUUGACGCUCUAUCAGGAGCUGCUGCUCCUCAAGGAGGUGGACAAGAGUGAGAAGACUCUGCAGGACAAACUUGACAAACGUCUGAAGGAGGAGGAUGACUUAAUGUCCGAGCUGGAAAAGUAUAGGAAGGCGCUGGAACUGAAGCGUAAAGACAUAGCAAAACGUCAGGAGAAAGAGAAGGCUAAUACUGCAGCCUUCCAUGCCUUGCUCGGUGAUGACAACAACAAUGAAGAGUAUCUGACCAAAGUUUACAAGAAGAAAAUCAAACGUGCCAAGAAGAAGGAGCAAGGAAGUGAAGAGGAGGACGAAGACAGCAAUGAUGACUUUGAUGAUUAUGAAAACUGGGAUGAUGAUGACGACGAUGACUGGGAUGCGUUAGAUGGAGACGGUGCUGUGGAAGAAUGCCCUCCGGGGUGUGACCCAAAACUGUUUGACGACGUACUGGAGCUGCGUGAACGUCGCCUGGAUCUGGAAGAGCUGCUGGCAGAGGAGAAGAAGAAUGCUGAACAGCUGGAGAAGGAGUGUGACGCCCUUGUAAAGAAGAUGAAAUCAGUGAAAAUCAGUCUUAAGGCAGCAGAGGAUGACUUGGAGGAAGUCAACAGGGAGAAACAGCAGAAAAUGAACCAACUAGAGGUUGUGGUUCCUCUUAGGCUGCACCAGAUUGAGAUUGAUAUCUCCGCCCAAGUGCCUUCAGACCUCAGCCCGGCAUUGGUUCUCACUAGGAUGGAGCUACAGCGGCUGCAGGAGCGAGUGAACGAGUUGGAGGUAGAGAAGCUUCAGCAGACAGAGGUGUACCGUCAGGCCCGUCAGCAGCAUAUCAGGCUCAUCAAAGAACGCAAGGACAUGAGCAAUGAGAUCCAGUCGCUGGAGAAGCUGUGUCACCAGUUGAUGAUGACAAGGUUUGGGAGAGAGGUGGAUAUGGAGGUUCUGCAGACCCUGUGUGUUAACAAGACAGUUGCAGAGAUGAAGCAGGAAAAAAUCUUGCGAGACAUUGCAAAUGCCAAAGACAUUCAACAAUGGGAUAGAAAAGUAGAAAAGGCUCGUGAAACGCUGAUGGGGAUGACAAGGAGCAACUCAGAGCGCCUCCUCUGCUUGAAUAGCCUCUUUGAACAGAAGAAGGAGCUGGAGCUGAAACUUUACUCAAGACAAAAGAAAAUUGGCAAGCAUCUUCAGGCCUGCAGCAGACGGGCAGACAGAGGACAGAUCUGGAGUCUUCAGGAACUGGUGAGAAAACAGUCUGAGCAGAUAGAGAGGCUAUCCAAAGAGAUCAGUGGUCUUGGGCCUACAGGAGGACACAUGCUUCCCUCUGGUCAUGCACAUCUACCGCCGCUUCCUCCUCGGUCCACCCCCACAGUCCAUAAAUGUACCAGAAAACGAGGAAAAUUUAAACCUGGUAUAAAGGAAGAGGACACUACUGAAAGUGAGACAAAUGACUAAAAAUGGAAUCUACUUUUUCAUUAUUAUGGGCCUUCUUAUGAAGCAAAUCGUGACCUCUGACUGCUGCAAAUUACAUAACCAGAGGG